GGUACGAAAAUUCAUUGUUUUGUAAAAAAACAGCAUCUUAAGAGAUAUGAAAAACAUCUCUCUGCAGGGAACUGGAAGUUUAUUGAUGAUUUCAACGUUAGCCAUUCUAUCGGUCAAUAUAUGACUACCAAACACUGUUACCGUAUUAGUUUUGUGAAAGACACAAUUGUGACUAAUUCGGUUACGGUAUUAGAGUCAGAUUACUUGGAUUUGGUUCCUUACAAUCAGAUUCAUAAUGGCAAGCACCCCCAGAGCAUCCUGUGUGGUACGAAUGAUAUGCGUCUAAGCUGUACCUUAUGGGGAUCUUUUACUGAUUAA